UCAUUGUCGUCAAUUAUAUCUGUCUUUGAAAACUAGAUUUAAACCUUGAUUUAUUUUUUUUUUCGUCUCUCGAAUCGAAACGGUAAUUAAAAACCAUCAUUUUUUCCUCCAUGAUUACUGAACGAAACAAUUGGCAAAAUUCGUGUAUAUUUUCAAUAAAUAACAUUAUCGGAAAACGAUCUAUGUACCCCGUAACGCAACCGCCGCCGAUAAAUUCGGCUCACAAUCAAUAUCCACAACAACAACAGCAGCAAUCAAUGCCACAAACCUAUCCACAACCAAUGUCACCACACAAUAAUCCACAAUCGAUACCACCACAAAACAAUCAGGCAAAUGGCCAGCAACAACCAAAGCAACCAGCCUAUGGACAGUCGAUGCCACCACAAAAUAAUAAUCAGGUAAAUGGGCAACAAGCACUACCACCACCACCACCAAAGCCACAGGCCUAUCAAACGCAAACGGUGCCACCACGUAGCAAUCUGGCGAAUGGUCCACAACAACCGUCUCAGCCACAGAUUUAUCCACAAUCGAUGCCACCAAAUCAAACAAAUGGUCCACCACAACAGCACCAACAGCCAAAGCCACAAGUUUAUCCGCCUCAAUCGAUGCCACCACGUAACAAUUUGGUAAAUGGACCUCAACAACCACCAAUGUCCCAAAUUUAUCCACAAACAAUGCCACCACGUACCAAUCAGAUAAAUGGGCCACAGCAACCACCAAUGACACAAGCCUAUCCACAAACGGUGCCACCAAAUAAUAGUCAGGUAAAUGGUCAACAGCCAUUGCCACAAGUCUAUCCCUCAUCGAUGCCACCACGUAGCAAUUUGAUAAAUGGGCCAACACAACCGACAAUGCAACAAGCCUAUCCUCAAUCGAUGCCUCCGCGUAAUAAUCAGGCAACCGGUCAGCAACAACAACAACAACAGCCGUCGCUGACACCAAUGCCUCAAACAUAUCCACAACCAAUGCCACCACUUAGCAAUCAGGCGUAUAUAGGGCAACAGCCAAUGCCACAAACCUAUCCACAAACGAUGCCACCGCGUAGCAAUCAAGCGUAUAUAGGCCAACAACAACAACAACAACAACAACAACAACAACAACAACAACAACAACAACAACAACAACAGCAACAGCAGCCAACACCACCACAUCUAUAUGCAAAUAAUAUCGUUCAACGUGGAUUCGAUAGCAUGUGGGGCCAUAAUACUGUCGAUUUGAUGCAAAAUAGACACAUUCUACCAACGAUACCAGUCGAACCGCCAAAAAUUUCACUCGAACAUCAAUUCUAUGAGUCAGUCAAUUGCAGUCCAGAUAUUUUCCGAUGCACACUCACCAAAAUUCCCGAAAGUAAUGCAUUACUACAAAAAUCAAGGCUUCCAUUGGGUAUUUUAAUACAUCCAUUCAGGGAUUUAAAUAAUUUGCCGGUGAUUCAAUGUUCGACGAUUGUGCGUUGUCGUUCGUGUCGAACAUACAUAAAUCCGUUCGUCUAUUUUGUUGAUAGUAAAAAAUGGAAAUGUAAUCUAUGUUUCCGAAUAAAUGAAUUGCCCGAUGAGUUCCAAUACGAUCCAGUGAGUAAGUCAUAUGGUGAUGUGACCCGAAGACCUGAAGUAAAAUCCAGUACAAUCGAGUUUAUUGCGCCGUCGGAAUAUAUGUUACGACCACCACAGCCGGCAAUUUAUCUAUUUCUGUUGGAUGUAUCGAUGAUUGCUCAACAAUCGGGCUAUUUACGAUGUGUAUGUGAAUCGUUGGCUGAACAUUUGGAUUCGAUGCCAGGCGAUGCUCGCACCCAAAUUGGUUUUAUUGCCUACAAUAGUGCCGUACAUUUUUAUAGUUUAGCCGAAGGUUUUAUUCAACCGCGCGAAAUAACCGUUGUUGAUAUUGAUGAUCCAUUUUUACCGUGUCCCGACAAUUUACUGAUUAAUUUAAAAGAAUGCAAAGAAUUAAUCAAAGAUUUAUUGGUACAAUUACCAACACGAUUUGCUCAAUCGCAUGAUAGCAAUUCGGCGUUGGGAGCAGCACUUCAGGUUGCAUUCAAAAUGAUGCAACAAACUGGCGGUCGUGUUACGGUGUUUCAAACAUGUUUGCCAAAUCUUGGUCCGGGCGCCUUACAAUCACGUGAAAAUCCAAACGAACGAUCAGCCAAAGAAAUUCAACAUUUAGGUCCUGCGACUGAUUUCUAUAAACGACAUGCUCUCGAGUGUUCGGGUCAACAAAUUGCAGUCGAUUUAUUCUUGAUGAAUAGUCAAUACAGUGAUUUAGCUACAAUUUCUGGUAUUAGUAAAUUUAGUGGCGGUUGUAUUCAUCAUUUUCCAUUGUUUAACAAUGCGAAGCCGCAACAAGUGGAUGCAUUCAAGCGUUGCUUCGAACGAUAUCUAACGCGAAAAAUUGGCUUUGAAUCUGUGAUGCGCGUUCGAUGCACACGUGGUCUUACAAUUCACACAUUCCAUGGCAAUUUCUUUGUGAGAUCAACCGAUUUGCUAUCUUUACCAAAUGUUAAUCCUGACUCUGGUUAUGGAAUGCAAAUAACAUAUGAUGAAAAUUUGGGCGAAAGCAAAACUGUAUGCUUCCAAGCGGCAUUAUUGUACACAAGUAGUAAAGGUGAACGUCGAAUUCGAGUGCAUACGCUAUGCUUGCCGGUUACAAAUAGUUUAACCGAUGUUAUUUAUUCGGCUGAUGCCCAAGCAAUAAUUGGUUUAAUUUCAAAAAUGGCUGUUGAUCGUUCGCUUCAAUCGAGUCUCGCCGAUGCCCGUGAUGCAUUCAUCAAUGCCAGUUGUGAUAUUUUCAGUGCGUAUCAUACAGCCCAAAAUAUAAAAUCAAUGAAUAGUCAAUUGAUUGCACCGAUGAAUUUAUCAUUGCUACCAUUGUAUAUGCUUGCAUUGCUUAAACAUCCAGCAUUCCGAACCGGCACCAGUACACGUCUUGAUGAUCGAGUAUUUGCAAUGUGCGAACUAAAAACAUUACCGCUCGAUCAACUGAUUCGAUACAUUUAUCCCGAUUUAUAUCAUCUGGAUUGUUUAUUCAGCGAAAAUAAUAAUGAAAAUAGUACAGACGAUUCAAAUGGAGAACGACCCGAUCCACCGUUAUUACAGCUGUCAGCUGAACAUUUAAAACAACGAUCAAUGUUCUUACUUGAUUGCGGGACAUAUAUUCUGCUAUUGGUCGGAUCACAAGUGCCGCCCACAAUUCUUAAAAAUGUUUUCGAUGUUUCGAAUGUUAGCGAAUUACCAGAUUUGUGUUUCGAACUACCAAACACAAGAACGACCGAUUGCGAUAAUUUACAUUCAUUCUUGGAAGCAAUCAAUGUGGAAAAACCAUACACACCACCUAUUCAAAUUAUUAGAGAUAAUAGCCCGUACCGUUCAAUGUUUGUUGAGAAACUAGUGGACGAUCGAAGUGAAAGUAGCUUAUCAUAUUAUGAAUUCUUGCAACACUUACGAACUCAAGUGAAAUAAUAAUUAGAUUAAACAUGUUAUGUUUCCAAAAAAAAACUAGAAAAUAUUUUACUCUUCAAUUAUCUACUUGAAAGAGUUUAAACAAAAAAAAUGCAGUUUUGAUUUACUUUCGUGUUCAUUUUGAGUUUUGUGCAACGUAGAGCGGUGAUAGCAAGAAAAAAAAUUGAAAAUAAAAAUAAACAAUAUUUCUUAAAUGAAAAAAAAAUCAUAGUAUAAAUAGGAGGAAGCCGGUAUAUUUUGUAUCAUCAAAAUUGAAAAUGCAAAUUAGUAGCGAUGAGGAGAUGCAACUAAUUACACUUAUCGAUACACACAUAGGAAAAAAAAAUAUGAAAACGAUUGAAAAGAAAUAAAGAGAAAAAACCCAACCAAAACAAUUUUAAAAUGGAUGAAUUUUCUAUCAAUGCAAAUGUAAAAUUGCACCGCAAUUUAAACAAUUUUGACAUGUAUUUUGAUGAAAAACACUGAUCUACACCACUUUUUGUUAAAUCGAUAAAACGCAUUUUUUUUUUGUUAGAAAAAUGAUGUUUACAAUAUUAUUUAUUUUAUGGCGUAAAAUAGGUUAUCAUGUUGCUCGUUCGAAUGCACAUGAAAAAAUGACAAACAAAUUAUUUACAACAAUAAAAAAAAUACAAUUAAAAAUCGUGUCCAAAUGUAAUCGAUCUACACGCGAUUUAAUAAAUAAUAGGAAAUUAUUAGGAUAUUACUCGGAACGCAAUUCAUACUUUAUCGCAACAUACAUACACACACACAUACAAACAAAUACUGUUUACAGAGAGACCGCCGAUAAUAUUAUACUAGAAGCAAUACUCCUGAAGCAUGUAUUCAUUACUUGAUGAGAGGAAACAAGUACGAUUAUGCCUAAAAUAAAGAAGAAAUCGAAAUAAACAUAGUAAAUCCGGUUUAAA